AUGUCCGUCGCCGACCAAGUCCAGCUCGACAACUUCGGCUCCAUCUUCUCCCUCGAGGGUAAAGUUGCCGUCGUAACCGGCGGCUCUAGAGGUCUAGGCCUACACGCUGCCAGCGGAUUGCUCCAAGCAGGCUGCUCGAAAGUCUACAUCACAUCUCGCAAAGCCCAGGCCUGCGAUGAGGCCGUUGCGGCCCUCAAUGCCCUCCCGAACAAGAGACCCGGCGCACAGGCCAUCUCAGUGGCGGCCGAUAACUCAAAGAUCUCUGAACUGGACCGGCUCGUUGAGGAAGUGAAGAAGACCACGGACCAUGUGGACAUUCUGUUUGCGAAUGCGGGGGCUACCUGGGGCGAGAAGUUCGACACACAUCCUGAGAAGAUGUUCUCGAAGGUUAUGGAUUUGAACGUGAAGAGUGUGUUUUAUCUGGUGCAGAAGUUUGCUCCUCUGCUUACUGUUAAGGCUACGCGCGAGGAACCUUCAAGAGUCAUCGUCACUGGCUCUGUUGCUGGGCUGGGCGUCGGUAGUCUCGGGGAGAACGCCACUUUUAGCUACUCUGCUUCCAAGGCGGCGGUCAUUCAUUUGACCAAGAACUUGGCUGUCGAGCUGGGUCCCAGGCAUAUCCUGUGCAAUGCCAUUGCCCCUGGCUUCUUCCCGUCGAAGAUGGCCGAUGGCCUGAUUAAUCUCCAGGGUGGGUUGAAGUCGCUCGAGGACCAUUCCCCCAACAAGAGACUGGGUCGACCCGAGGAUAUUGCCGGUCUGGUCGUGUUCCUCGGAAGUCGGGCUGCCAGCCAUCUGAAUGGAGCGGUCAUUGCGACGGAUGGUGGAAGCCACUUGAAGGGAAAGCUUUAA